AUGAUAAACAAUUUUGAAUCCGAAGUCCAAUUUAAGGAAUUGUACGUGGGCAACCUACCUUAUCUUGCAAAUGCCCAGAACGUUACUUCAAUAAUAGAAUCGGUUUUCUUGAGACGUGGUAGAUGCGUUGAAGUCCUCCGGUGUGAAUUAAAACAAGAAAAUUCCUUAAAAAAUAAAGGAUAUGGUUUCAUUUUAUUGAAAUCAGAGGAUGCAAACGAGCUACUUAGUAUUUUAAAAUUUACACAGAUUAAGUACCUUGGGAGAACAUUAGAUAUAAAGAGUGCACGAAACAAACGAAACAGAAAGGUGAAAAUAGAUGAUUCUCCUAAAGAUGAAUUCGUGUUUCAGGUUGCGAAUUUAGAAAUGGGAAACUGGGCCGGUCAACCACAGAGUAAGGAGGAUAAAAAAAAGAAAAGAGGAAAAAAAAAGCAUCAGACAACAGAGAGAUGGUUGUUCACAAAGGAUUGGGAGUAUCCUGAUGAAUUUUUAAAACCUCGGUUAAUUAUUUCGGGAAACGCAUUUCUUUUAGAAGGAUUUUCAACCUGUGAUGGUGAUAAGAGACGUGUUCAAAUACCUUUUCGCAUGUUAGACGGUAGGAAAGGUGUUAUAUUUGAUCCACGGGAAAAUACUCUUUCCGUUUACCUCUCGAUAAAACACCCGCCCCGCCUUUAUCAAAAAACGGACAAUUCUAUGUUAAACAAACCACGCUCAAGGUUCUUAGUUGUAAGGACUAUGGAAGAAUCGUUUAUAAGAACUAUCGAUUGGACGGGAAACAUAAAUGCAUUCGGAAAGUGUUUAGUGUAUCGUUUAGUGUUCACAAAUAGUAUCGAGGAAAUUAAGAAUUACUUGAAAAAGGGUGCAAUUCCUGGCAUUUCUAGGAACAUCCCUUAUGUCACUAUAGAACAAAAAGAAGUUCCAAUACUCCCUCCCACAUAUUUAGACGAAAUAUUCGAUUCAUUACCAUUUCUCCUGCAAUUCAAGUUGGAAUGUUUAAUUUCGCACGGGAUCAUUACCCCAAAUGAAAUCUAUGAUCGUCGCCUUGGAGAUCAGUUGGCGGAAUUAGUUCGAGAGGGAAAUGAGCAAAUUGCCUGGCAUGCGUUAAAUCAAAUAACAACCCAGCAGUGGGACCCUUCGGACGAUUACUAUAAUAACCAACGUCCCAUAGACAUUUUUAAAAUAGCCGUAAAAAAUUUCCGCGGCAAACAUAAGGGAUGGCAUCCUAACAUAGUAAUGAAGAAUAUUGCUCGAGGCGCUUGGGUAAACCACGCAACAAUUACGCCCACCAAGAUCUAUUUAGAUGGACCUACGUAUGAGCCGUCGAAUCGCAUCCUUCGCCAGUACAAUCGUCACCUCGAUAGAUUCAUGCGCGUUACUUUUUGUGAUGAAGACUUUGAUCGGUUAUUCGUAAAUAUUCAAGAACAUAAAAUAUGUAAGGAGAGAAUAGAAUUUAUAAUGAAUAAUGGAUUUAAGGUUGGGGGAAGACAUUACGAAUUCUUGGCCUUUUCAUCAUCGCAACUUCGAGAGAGUGCCUGCUGGUUUGUCUCACCAUAUGCUUCAGCGGACAGUGAAUUUAAUGCCCACAAAAUCCGUUCUCAAAUGGGUGAUUUUAGUACUAUCAAGUCACCUGCGUUAUAUGCUGCACGCAUGGGGCAAUGCUUUUCAAGCACAAUUGGUACCAUCGAACUCGACAAGAGUCAAGUGAAAGAAAUAGACGAUAUCAAAAGUAAUGAUAAUGAUGUUUUCAGCGACGGGUGCGGAACUAUAUCCAAGAGUCUAGCUAAACGCGUGACUAAAUUUUACUGGGGGUCUUCAAGGAAAGGUGAAGAAGUACCUUCUGUUUUUCAGAUCAGAUUUGGAGGAGUCAAGAGAAAAUUUUGCGAUUCUGAGAUUCAUUUGAAUGAACAAUCGAAUAAGGGUGUGGUCUCGGUGGAUCCAAAUUUACAGGGUGACGUCUUGUGCAUACGCCCAAGUCAAACAAAAUUCGAUGCACCAGUGUCUAGAAAUCUGGAGAUAUGCAAGACAGUCAGGAAUCCCCUGGUCGGUCACCUAAACCGGCAAAUAAUAAUUAUAUUAGAGUCACUUGGUGUUCCAAGUGAUGUAUUCACGGGACUGCAAGAUAGCAUGAGAAAGGAUAUAGAUCUGAUGACGGAAAACGAAGAUAAGGCGCGUGAUGUUGUGAACAGAAGUCUUGGCUCCAGGGAAUGCUCGCACGUAACGAGGACUAUAUUGAGCAUGAUUGAAGAGGGAAUGAUGAGAACGGAGGAACCAUUUCUGAGAGGACUUUUAGAGUGCAAAAGAAUCUUCGCCCUUAAGAGUUUGAGGUAUAAGGCUCGCAUUUUGAUGCCAAAUUCAUUUCUACUUUUUGGGAUUUUGGAUGAGACGGGCACUCUGGAAGCUGGUCAAAUAUUUGUUCAGACAUCGACUAUUGUGUCGAAAAGUCAAACCUUUUCUAAUAUGAACGAGAAGGUAGAAAGGGUACACAAGGUGCAUCAGGGGAAAGCAGACAUACAGAUAGUUACUGCGGUUGAUGUUCCACAACUUUCUCAUCUUUAUAAUUGCGUUGUUUUUAGCCAGAAAGGGGAUAGACCUUUGCCUAACUGCCUGAGCGGCGGAGACUUGGAUGGUGAUGAGUACUUUGUGUGUUUUGAUGAAAGGAUUUUUUUCGAUGGAACCGAAAGGCCAAUGAAUUACAAGGCGCCAGAACGUAAAAUAUUAGAUCGGCCUGUGGAAAUUUCGGACGUUUGUGAAUUUUUUACAGACUUUAUGAUCAACAACCGCUUGGGACAAAUUGCCAAUCUGCACUUGGCAUUUGCGGAUUACGAGGCCGAAGGAGUGCGCAGCGAAAAGUGUUUAGAGCUAGCACAGCAACAUUCGAAGGCCGUAGAUUUUAAUAAAACAGGAGUACCUGUAACCGGAUCACUACCACCUAUACCGCAAUACCCUGAUUUUAUGGAAAAUAAUCAAAAAGACUCGUAUAAAUCCGAGAAGAUUCUCGGAAAACUAUACCGAAGAAUAAAACUCGAACGUCCUGAUAAAGAUCGCCUUCUUAAUUACAAGGUUAAAGGCGGGAUAAAGCCGAUGCGUUAUUUUCGCGUCGAAGGGUUUAGAGAACACGUGGAAGAAGCGGUCAUUCAAAGAAAUGCAUAUAAUUUGGAGAUAAGAACACUAAUGAAAAAAUACGGUGUAAAAACCGAACCAGAAAUAAUCACGUCAAACAUUCUUGGCCUUCGUCGCAUAAAUGGACGAAAAGGACAAGACAUUCGUGAAGAGAUCUCGGCUACAGUCUCAGAAAUUAUAUAUAAUUUCCGAAAAAUUUUUUUAAUGGGAUUAAGGGGAAACGAGGAUGCUGAAGCACCAGAUGAAGAGACCCAUUUCAGUUAUCAUGUUCCAAUACCUAUAAACGAAGAAACUAAGGUGAAGGCGGCAGCAUGGUAUAUGGUUGCCUACGACGAGACAUAUGAUGAAGAGGAUGUCGACUGGAAUGAGAUAAGACUUCUAAGUUUUCCAUGGGUGGUUGCGGACAUUCUUUUAGCGAUUAGAUCUGAAAAUUGGAAUAAGGGUGACAGCGAGGAAUAUAAAAGUGGAGAGGUAGACGUUACAAAUGCCGCCACCGUAAACCCUGGCAUCGAAACUUCGGAUCCUAGUAAAUUGAACCAACCGGGAUCGUUAAGAACGGACAAUAAGAAAAGGCCGAGUGGAAAGAGAUUAAUAUUUAGGCUGGCCAUAUUUUUCGCCAGCUUUGGGGCACUCGCAUUUAUGGCGGGAGCACCCUCUGUGAGUAUAUCUUCUCGAGAGACUACAGCAGAAAUGGUAAAAUUAAAGGCAAACGCCAACUAA